GCAAACCAGGAAAUGAUCAUCAGUUGUUAUGAUACAAAGUUCAUCAGCUUUGGAAAAGAAGACGUAAUAAAGAAGCAGCACACAUGAGCAUUUGUUCCAGAUUUUAAUGAGGCAUAUAUCUUCGUUUUUUUUCCUACAUACGAAAGACGUAACGGGAUCCUUUUUCUUACAAUGCACAGGGCUAAAGUAGUAUUUGGGCACUUGUCUCCAGCAUCUGCUUUAGGACCACAAACAUGUAUAAAAAGGGCAGAUUGCAGUCAUUCUUUUCCAGCCAGUCCUAAUGAUAUUGUUGUGGUCCACGGCCUGAGAACAGCAAUCGGCAAGGCCAAAAGAGGAGCAUUUAAGGACACCACCCCAGAUGAGCUGCUCAAUGCUGUGAUGACAGCAGUUCUGAGGGAUGUGGGCUUGACUCCGGACAAAGUGGGAGAUGUCUGUGUUGGCAAUGUGCUGCAGCCUGGAGCAGGGGCAGCCAUGGCAAGAGUGGCUCAGUUCUUGAGUGGAUUCCCUGAGACAGUGCCAGUUUACACAGUGAACCGGAUGUGCUCCUCUGGGUUGCAGGCCCUGUUCAAUGUGGCAGGUGGCAUCAGGAAUGGUUCCUAUGACAUUGGUCUUGCCUGUGGGGUCGAGAGCAUGUCUUUGCGCUCGGUGGGGAACCCAGGCGAUGUCAGCUCCAGGCUGGUGGAGAAUGAGAAGGCCCGAGACUGCCUCAUCCCCAUGGGAAUCACUUCAGAAAACGUAGCUGAAAGGUUUGGAAUCUCCAGACAAAAGCAGGAUGCCUUUGCUUUGGCUUCACAACAGAGAGCUGCGAGAGCUCAGAAGCAAGGGCUGUUUACCCAGGAGAUCACUCCUGUGACCACCAACUUUGUGGAAGAUGACGGGACACAGCGGAUAAUCACAGUGACCCAGGACGAUGGGAUUAGGCCAGGAACCACACUGGAGGGUCUGGCAAAACUAAGGCCUGCCUUUAAGGAGGAUGGUAGCACCACUGCAGGUAAUGCCAGCCAGGUGAGUGACGGUGCGGCUGCUGUGCUGGUGGCCCGGCGGGCAAAGGCAGAGGAGCUGGGUCUGCCGGUGCUGGGAGUGCUGAGGGCCAGCGCUGUAGUAGGAGUGCCCCCCGAUGUCAUGGGCAUCGGGCCGGCCUACGCCAUUCCUGCAGCGCUGCAGAAAGCUGGUCUCACUGUGAAAGAUGUUGAUAUAUUUGAAAUUAAUGAGGCCUUUGCAAGUCAGGCUGUGUACUGCAUAGAGAAGCUGGGCAUCCCUAUGGAGAAAGUCAACCCUAAUGGAGGUGCUAUUGCUCUGGGACACCCACUGGGCUGUACUGGAGCCCGCCAAGUGGUCACACUGCUGAAUGAGCUCAGACGGAGGGGAAAGAGAGCAUAUGGUGUUGUGUCUAUGUGUAUUGGAACUGGAAUGGGAGCAGCAGCUGUGUUUGAAUACCCUGGUAGAUAGUCUUCAGUGAUGUGGUACAAGAAUUGGUAUAAAGGAGUAGAGUUUAAUGAU